UAAUUAUUUAUUUUCAGGAAAAUUUUUAAAUUAUUUUCAUUGCCCGAAAAGUUUCUCGGUUCAAUUUGUGAGCCAAAAUUCUGGAAAAAAUUUUCUGACAUCGAUUGAUUCAUCAUUAUGGAUCAUCAAGCAAAACCAUCGUCGACUAUGAAUACAGUGAAAAAAAUAUUCAUCCAAAGAGAUUAUAGUCAAGGAACAAACAUUCGUUUUGAUACAACAUUUCCAAAAGAAUUCAGAGAUGAUAAGGAUAAUAAGGAUAAGGAUUUUAAAAAUAAGAUUGAUAUUAAAACAUAUACAGAUUUUAUCAUUACAUUGAAUACAAUGUACGGUGAAGCAGAACAAAUGAAUGCAAAAGUCUGUAUGGAAAGCUGUUUUGCUUGUCUCACCGCUUAUCUUACAUAUUUAUGUUUUGAUACAUAUUUCGAUAAGUGUUUAAAAAAAAUAUCCGCAUACAUUGAUGAACAAAAUGACAUUGUUUUCCAUCCUCGUGGUUUACACGUCACCGAUCCAAUUGAAAGAGGACUUCGAGUGAUUGAAAUAUCCACUACAAUCAGCAAUAAUAAUGAAAGAUGAAACGGAUUUAUUUUUCUGGUUUUAA